CGAUCCAACCUCCCCCCACCACCAAAUAAAAACCUCAAAGCCUGUCUUUCUCCCUUUUGUCUUCCACUCUGUGCGUGUGCGUGUUUUUUUUGAGGCUCUGAAAUAGUGAAGUCUGAUAUUAAAAAAGAGAGAGUUAUUUUUGGGAUUCAGUUUCCUACAUAUCUUCCCCUCCUUUGUUUUCUAACUUCUUUUCCUUUUGGGGUUCAAAGAAAACAAGGAAAGAAGGGAAAAAAGGAAUUCGUUUCUUUGUGUAAUCUAAGCAAUGAUUAAGUGUUACCCUUUCAAUCUUCUCUUUGUAAAUAUUGCUUUGAUUUGCCUUGAUGUUGUUCUAGCAUUUAUUGCCUUUUUCCAGCUUUGUAGGAUUCACCUACGGAAUCAACGAGUUGGGUGGACACGUCAAAAAGUUCUUCAUCUCAUGAUCGGCUCUUCUAAUUGUGGUUAUUUCAUUUAUUUUUUGUGCAUGGUUGUUGCCACAUGCAAAAGGUGGCUUUGCUGGUCUAAUGUGUGUGGCUUUGUUCUAAUGGCCUUGCCCAAGAUUCUGUUUUUGGCUGCAUUUCUUCUUCUACUAUCUUUCUGGGCCGACCUUUGCCAUCAGGCAAAUGAUGAAGAGGAUGGUGAUGAAGAAAAUAGUAGUCGAAAGCCUUUGUUGGAAACUUCGAAGACCAAGGUAGGCUUGUCAAACAUUGAUAUUCGUCGGAAAUGUUGCUCGUUCCAAGGUAUUCGAGUUGGUAGCAGGCAAAAAUUCGUUAUUGUGGUACGAGUACAAAUAAGUUCUAUUUACAAUCCAAUCUUAUGGUCAGUAGGUUUAUUUUUAUUUUCCUUCUUCCACCAGGUCAUUGUGCUCAAUGUCCUUUUAAUAAUUGCCUUUGCUGCAAUAAUCCGGAUUGAACAGAAGAAUCCUAGUAAUUCGUUAGUAUUUGCUCGGGUGUAUAUAGAUUUUCUUGCCACGUUGGUGCUUCUAAUGGGUGUAGCUUUCGGUUGCUAUGGUUUCCUUCUAUUUUCUAAAUUGAGGAGAGUUCGCUCCGAGAAAGCUUCAUCUGAAAUGCGAAAGGUGGUUGGUUUAGCAGUUGUCUCGGUCUUGUGUUUCACAUCGAGUUCUUUAAUAGCUCUUUUCACGGAUGUUCUUCUUUUUCAUCAUUGGAAUCCGGAGAAGAUUAAUGGCGUAAAAGCACCGAUUCUUCUUAUUUUGCACCAUGUUUUAGGAUUAUCGGUCCCCUUCGCUUUUGGACUAUGGUUCAUGAGAGAGCUACCAGCCCCGUCUACAAGUAAUAGGCAAGUGCAGCCAAGAGCAAUAACUUUUAUUAGUUAUGGAUCGGCAGGAAGGCAUCAUCAUCAGUACUACCCGACCGCAACAAGUUCGGAAAAGCAGGUGUCAAGAACAAGUCCGAAUUAAGCACAUAUUUAUUCAAAUCAACUAAAAAACACCAUGUUUCUCUGCUGGCCUAGCUCCAAGGAUAAAAACGGGGAUGGGAGUUUUUGCGAUGUACAGCAGUCGCCAUUAACUGAACUAAUCAGUGGAUUACAGAUUUAAAUGACCCUGUUUUUAAUAAAUCACCAUAGUUUGACAUCAUUUGAAACAUAUUAUAUAUAUAUAUAUAGGUGAUACAUGAGUGUUAUAGAAACAAGAUAGAUGUUUGGUUCUUUUUUGUUGUUGUUGUUGUUGUAGGAUAUAUGAUUCUUAAAGCAUUGUGUUGUAAAUGCAUACCGAGGUUUUUUUGUUAGAAACAGUUGAACAUAUAAGCUUUUGAACAAUUUAUUUGACUCUUUGUGAUUGCUAAUGAAUUGGCAGAUGUUUUU